AUGCCUCUUGAGCCCAGCAUCAAGAUGUCCAUCAACAACCCUACCGACACUCCCACGGACGCUGACGACAAGAUGGACAUUGAUGCCGCUGAUCAAGACGAGAAUGUCAAUGUCACCAAGGGCGGAAAGGGCAAGCACAAGGGAAAAUUAAGCAACCCCAACAUGGCUAUACUGAUCCUUUCUCGCAACAAUGGCAAGAAGAGCAAGCCCAAGAGGAGCACCGAAGUCACCCCUGCACCCGCCUCUCCCCUUACCUAUGAGACCAACGCACACCACUACAAACACACUACAUACGAGUGCGGCCAUGAGAUCUACGAGGACAGGGAUGGCAACUAUCUUGCGCGCUGGGAACUCCCUGACAAGUUCACAACCACCAAGUUUGUCGACCGCGGUAACUGUGGCUGCGCGAUGAAUGCCUCAGGCUGGAUCUGGGGAACUAUGACUGAGCGUCGAUCUGAGCCUGAUGUCUUUUACAAGGGCAAGCCAGUCUACAGCCUCAGAGAUAUGAUGCAGGCCGAGGAGACCGGAGCUGACUGCCCCGAGCCAUGCCGUAUGCAGUGA